GAUAUCUUCGUGUCUCGGGGUUUUUCUUCCUCGUGCUUAUUCGUUUCGUUAGUCUCGCAAUCGGACUCCGAGCGGUCGAAUCACCGGUUCGUAGCUCGUUCUCCCCUCCCUCCUCUCUCUCUCUCUUUCAUGUUCAAGAGAAUUACUUGAGCGACACAUUCCACCACGUGCGUCAACUCGUUGUAAAAUUUCUCCAAAUUAUCAGUGAUGGUUUAAUCACAUGAUCGGCUAUUGUUUAUGGAGUGGCAAAUUAUCCCGAGUGACUUCUACGGAUCGUCAGAUCUCAGAAUCUAAAGAUACUGAGGAGGACGAGGAGAAUUCUCGAGAAUUUACGCAAUCCAAAUCACACUGGCUAGAAAGUUCGAAAGUCGCGAAAGUGCAGUGAGAUACGAGUACAUAAGCAUAACUGAUUUCACGGAGGAAACGUAAUUUUUGAAACCACGUGACUCAAAAAUACAUCAGUGAAUAUAUACAUAUAUAAUUAAAGUUAUAAAAACUGAAAGGAAAUCGAGUGAUCCGAAAAAAGUUAAAUAUAAAACGAAGUGAGAGAUAUAAUUAAAUAAGAUAAUAAAAUGAAACGAAACUUUCUUUUCUAAAGAGAUUUCGACAGGUAUAGGAUGAGAAGCAAAAGGGAGAAAUAAGCGGAAAUAAUUAGAAGUGAGUAGAAGGGAGUAAAAGGAGAGAAGAAUAUAAAAGAAGAAACUGAAAGAGAGAGAAGUAUCUCGAAAGAGCUAGAGACUCUAGAGAGCAGCUAGAGAGAAGAUAAAAGGAAAGAGAAAUACAUGUAGGAAAAGUGACUUCAAAGUAAGAGCGAGCAGUGCGGCCGACUUCAUGCGGCGAGCGUGUGCGCGACCACAUGAUUCACGAUUAAAGUUGAUUGAUCCCAACAUGUAUGUCCUGAAAAAACCGAGAUUUCUCCAGCAUGAUAGUACCUUGUCCGCAUGUCAAGUACGCGAGGAGUUUUUGCAGCGCUAUCAUGAACUCUUGCAACGGUAUAUGGAUAUCGGGGAAGAUAUCGGCGUUCCCGAAGAGUUCACUAAGGGCGAGAUGGUGUCUGGAAUGUGGUGGCGACAUUUAGUAUCUGGUGGAAUAGCAGGUGCCGUAUCACGUACUUGCACUGCGCCUCUAGAUCGUAUCAAAGUCUAUCUACAGGUCCACGGCACACGACACUGCAAUAUCAUGAGUUGCUUCAGGUACAUGUUGCGCGAGGGUGGCAUUAGCAGCCUGUGGCGCGGUAAUGGCAUUAACGUGCUCAAGAUUGGCCCGGAGACAGCGCUCAAGUUUAUGGCGUAUGAGCAAGUGAAGCGGGCGAUCAAGGCGGAUAAUGAGGCGCGUGAACUCGGACUCUACGAGCGAUUUUGUGCCGGCUCUAUGGCCGGUGGUAUCAGUCAAUCGGCCAUCUAUCCUCUUGAGGUGUUGAAGACAAGGCUCGCGUUGCGAAAAACGGGCGAAUUUGAUGGCAUGGUUGACGCAGCCAAGAAAAUAUAUAGACAGGGUGGUUUAAAAUCCUUCUACAGAGGCUACAUACCUAAUUUAAUAGGAAUACUGCCAUAUGCCGGCAUCGAUUUAGCCGUUUACGAAACGCUGAAAAAUACUUAUUUACGUACUCAUGAUAAGAAGGAACAGCCAGCAUUUUGGAUUCUAUUGUUAUGUGGCACUGCGUCGAGCACGGCCGGUCAAGUAUGUUCGUAUCCGCUAGCGUUAGUGCGGACGCGACUGCAGGCCGAGAUUGCACCUGAUCGCUCGCCCAAUACUAUGAUUGGCGUCUUCAAAGACAUUCUCAAUCGUGAGGGAAUACGUGGUCUGUAUCGCGGCCUCACGCCUAAUUUUCUUAAGGUUGCACCUGCCGUAUCUAUUAGCUACGUAGUAUAUGAGCAUUUCCGGCAGGCGUUGGGCGUCAAUAUGACGUGAUGAAUAUAAACACUAGGUGACUGAUUAAUUCAAUUAACUAACUUAUUCUCUCUUUCUCUCUUUUUCCUCUUUCACUUUACUCACGUUAUAAAUAAUCGACAUGGCGAAUAAUCGUUCAGCGAUAAAACGUGUUUGUUCGUCUUUCUUCAAGGAAGAAAAAGGCGAAUAAAGAAGAAGGAAGAAA